UAACCUCACAAUGUGUUUUAUUAUUUUCCUUGAAAGCUUUCCCCAAUGUUUUGGCAUUUUACACUGACGAAAUUGUCUCGGACCGUUUCUCACUACUAAAAACCCUCGAUAAAUGUGAUUUUCGUGCCCAAAAUGUCACUCACCAUCAGUGAUCCUGUAUAAAAAAGGCCAAAAUAGCGCGAGUGAAAACUAUUUCUUCAUCAACAUGGAAAAAGUGUGCAGAUCAUGCCUCAAAGUCGACAAACAAAUGAAGAACAUCUUCGAGGAGGCGGAGAACCGCCUCCCGGAGAUGAUCAAAGAAUGCACCUCAAUUAAAGUUAUGCCUGACGACGGUUUACCCGACUCCCUAUGUACAGAUUGCGAAGAGAAGCUCACCGCCGCAUUCGAGUUUCGCAAGUUUUUCAAAAACAACGAUCAAGCUCUACGGGCUCACCUGAAUAUGGCUGUUAAGGAAGACCAUGAAGAUGAGGACUACUACUUAGGAGAUAUGACUCAAGUUGACAAUGCACCUGCAGACUCAGAAACAAAUGAUUCCGAGCUUGAUGACAAACUGAAAUUCAAAUGUGACAAGUGCUCGAGGUCUUUUACUUCACCCAGGGCUUUGAACUCGCAUAAAACAAAGAUGCAUGAAGCUGAAGAUCCCGAUUUUGAUCCGGAGCUCUUAAUACAAAAAAACAAAAGCUACAAGUGCUCACAUUGUGACAUGAAGUUCUCCAGACAGCAUUUGCUAUUGAAGCAUCAGAGAGAACUCCACUUGGAAGUAUUACUGCAAGAAAACAGUGAGAUCAAGAUGGAAGUACCAGAUGAUGAAGAAGAUGAAGAUGAUGAAGAGUUUGAAGAGGAUGAACUGGAAGAAGAUGAAGAUGGUCUCAAACAGAAUACGAAAAAAGAAUAUCCAUGUGAUUAUUGUGAGAAGGUGCUUAUCACCUCACUGGGAUUGAAAAUUCAUCGGAGAAAACACACCGGAAAGAAUUUAUAUGAGUGCACAGAGUGUGAUAAGAGUUUUUCAAAGUGUAGACAUAUGAAAAAUCAUCUUAAGAUGGUACAUGGACCUGGAGCACCACAACAGGAUAAACAAAUGGGUCAUAAAAGAGAAAUGCAAUGUGAAUUUUGUGAUAGAAAAUUCAAAUAUAAGAAGAGUUUCACACAGCACAUGUCAAUCGAGCAUGGAAUUGAUGUGGAUGAAGAAGAUCUCAUAGUGGAACCAGUUGUUAAACGUAAACGACGGCAGGUUAAUGAUGUUAAAGAAGAUUCAAACACUGAUAGUGAUUCAAACGACGAUAAGAAACCUCCAGGCGUAUACAAAUGCAUCGUGUGCAACGACGAGUUCCCUCGCUCGAAUCAUCUCGCUCGUCACAUGCUCAUCCACAGAGACAUAAUGGCACACAAAUGCGAUAAAUGUGAAUACGCGUUCAUGACCGAGCCGGAGCUGCAGAAACACAUCGCGAGGCACGCGGAUAAACCGUACGGUUGCUUCGCAUGCACGAAGGCGUUCUCCCGAGGCGAGCACUACAUUCGACACAUUAAAACCCAUCACAUGCCCGCGGAAGGCCAAGCUUUACAAUGCCCCAUAUGUCCGGAGCAGCACGAUAAUAUUGAGAAUCUGGCCGAGCAUGUGAAGAUUCAUCUUGCGAGCGAUAAGAGGCACGUGUGUAAGACGUGUGGGAAGGCGUUCAACCGCGCGGAUAAUCUCAAGACGCAUAUUAAGUCGCACAAGGGGGAGCCGCAGGUGCCCAAGCUGCAUUUGUGUAUUUAUUGCGGGAAGGAAUUUAAUAACUCUAGUAAUAUGAUUGUGCACAUGCGGAGACAUACUGGUGAACGUCCCUACAAGUGUAAGCAAUGCGGGAAGGGUUUUCCGCGUUCGCAUGAUCUCAAAUGCCACGAGAGGACUCAUUCGGGUGAAAAACCCUAUUUGUGUACUUUGUGUGGGAAAUCGUUUAAUAAAAGCAACAAAUUGUUGCGACACACGCGUGUACACACCGGUGAACGUCCGUACGUUUGUUCAAUCUGUGGCCGUGCAUUCACACAAUCCAAUGAUUUGGCACUGCAUAUGCGCCGCCAUACAGGCGCUCGUCCCUAUGCCUGCGGCGUAUGCCCCGCCAGAUUCAUCCAGUCCGGACAACUCAAAGCACAUCAGCGCUCGAAAGGACACUGGGUUGAAACCGCACCGGAUCUAAAAGGCAGUUAUCGCGUUGAGCCUGUAAUUAGCACCGGCGAAGCGAAACCAAUUCGGUUUCGACGUACCGCCUCCGGUCAUAAAUACGAACCGCCUGAUUUUACCGAUAAACCACCGCCGUUGUUAGAACAACAGCAACAAAAUGAGCAGCCACAACAGUCAUCACAAAUCUUACUAAAACAGGAACAACAUGCCGGUAUUGAUAAGCAAUUGACUCCUGCGAAUAAUGUGCAUUUGGUGCAGACGACGCAAGGACAGACCAUACACAUGGAAUACACGCGACCGGCACAAGUCUACGAAGAGGUGGCGACUGAGGAGACGAUAAUCGUGAUGCCCGUACACAGCCACACACCGACGUCUACCUCGACGCAACAAUCAACCCAAUUGCAAACGUUGUUAAAGCAGGAAUUGGUUGUGAUUGAUAAGAAACUAACGCCGACGGCGAAUAAUGUGCAUUUGGUGCAGACGACGCAAGGGCAGACGGUGCAUAUGGAGUAUAGUCAUGCGCCGCACGCACAAGUGACGCGAGUCUACGAAGAGUAUAAAGUACAGCCGGAGACGAUAGUCGUGGUGCCCGUGCAUAGUCAUACGCCGACGUCGACGACGGGCACGUUCCAAGAGGAUCCAAUUGCGUGCAGUGAGAGCAGUAAUGCUUUUUCGCCCGCUGAUGCGUCGUACGAAUGCAGGAGUUAUAGUUAGGCACACACUCAACUCCAAAAUACUUGAUAAGUUUUCAAAUAGGUGGUGCCAGCUCCAACUAUGUUUUUUAAGAUCCGUGGACAAUAUUUGUCACAAACCGAUCGCUGGAUUUGAAUUAAAUUUAUAGUAUAUUAAUUACAUUAACUAUUGUAAUACUAUUUUUUAUUUGUAUGAUUUCACGCGAACUGAUGGUCCAGCAUUAAUUAAAAAUACUUGUUUUUUCGUC